GCGUCUUGAUGGCAACCCAAAGUCCCUAAUAGAAGUUGCUGCAAGUCCUAGCAUGGAUGAUGUCAAACUUCUCACUUGCCUUGAGCAGGUUGCUUCUGCCAUGGUAUAUCUUCAUUCCAGGAGUAUCAUACACUGUGACCUACAGUGCAGUUACAUUUACAUUAACUCUGAUCACAGUUGCCCAGAGGUAACGGCAAAACUUGGUCGCUGGGGAAGAGCAGUCUGUCUGCCACAUCCAGGGACAGAUGACAACCUCUUUCAGCCUUAUGUGUGCAAGGUUAUGCCAGCUGAUGCAGCCAAGUGGGCUGCUCCAGAAGUGAGAAAUGAUGGGCUCUAUUCCCGAGCAUCAGAUGUCUUUAGCUUUGGGAUUAUGAUAUGGGAAGCUUUAACCGCACAGUUGACCAAACUGCACAUGUGCAAGCCACUGAAACCUUUCCACUUACUGGACAGCAGGGAGGUUCUAAAAUUCACGGAGUCAGGAAGUAUCCCUCAUGAUUUUGGCUUUCCAAACCUUGCCAGACUGAUUGAGUGCAUGAAAGCCUGUUGGAAUCACAACGCUACCAAGAGACCUGCAUUUUCUGCCAUAUUAGAGAUGAUCAAACAGGAAAAACAGGCAGUCAGGGAAUUGGAGGCUGCCAGGCUUGCAGAAGCAUCUCCUUGUGUUGACAUGCAGGACUACGACUCUGUUUACUUUGGGAGCGAAGCACCAGAGGAGGAGUCCUUCAGCCAUAUUUACGACAUGGUUCUAGAGUUAGACCCUGAUCUCCCACAGGCUGCUGGCAACGUAUCGGACUCUGGCGAUCCACCCCAAGUCCAGCUGUUAGAAGGGAAUGAUCUUUAUUUCUCCAAGCAAGACAAAUGGGGAGAGAUGGUUUAUGAAUUUGAGGCAAAAAGAGGAAUAGAUAGGAGCUCAACCACUUUCAAGGAGACUGGUUGGUAUGGUGAUACUGGCAUAAACUGGCAUUAAAAAACAAAGAUGAAAAAAGCAAGAUGUUAGACCUCUGCAAAUCCCUAAUUCAUGACAGAUGAAAGUGUCAGUAUGGCCAGUACCAGCCAGAAGAGGGCACUGGGAUCUCUUAACAAUUGGAGUAGCCUGAACAAUUUACACAGUCUCUGGUGGGACUGACCAGCAAAAGGACAUCCUCUCUCCUGCAUCCUCCCAUUCUGAUCAGAAAUUAUUAACAAACUAGCCAAGCAGUGGAAGUUGUUCAUUUCUCAAAAUAGCACAGAGGACUCAUCCAAAGGGGGGGUGGGGGGGUGGGGG